AUGGUCGAAGGAUCAUUUGACUGUAAUUUUGACCGUUAUAUUCCUGAUCCAAGUAAACUUGGGGAUGGAAGUCAAAAAGAGGGGCAAAAACGUGUUUUUGAAUUAAAAGAUGGUGCUACAUUGUCAAAUUGUAUAAUUGGGAUAAAGUCUGGCGCUAAAGGCUCUGCUGACGGAAUUAGAUGUAUGGGCAGCUGUAAUAUAAACGAUGUUUGGUUUGAGUCUGUCGGGGAAGACGCUAUUACUUUUUAUGGUAAAAAAUUUUUAAUCAUUAUUAAGGCACGAUCUUAA